AUGCCAGGCUCUCCGGUGAUGUCGGGUUACUAUGGUGUCAGGAGAUCGUUCUUAUCUGACUCCGACUUCCACAACACUAAGCCAUUUCCUGGGGACGUCUACACCUCCGGUGUGGCUAAGCCCUUUGCCUGCGAGUCCUCCCCGGGACAGAGCUUCCCAGGGCUGCUGGAUCCCUACUUCCCGGAGCCCUAUGGCGACUACCGCCCCGCAGCGCUCCCGCCCAGUGCAGGCUCAGUGCUGGGGGCCUCGCCUCUGCCCCCGCUCCUGCCGCCGCCCUUCCCCAGCGACUCCACACCCUUUGUCUUUAGGGACACAUGGGAGCAGACAGUGCCUGAUGGUCUCAGCCAGCAGGACCCAGCACCUGGGGACCCCCUGCAGCCCUUGGCACCCAACACCAGUUGCCUCUCCCAACUGGAAUCAGGGAGCAGCGCUCAGCACCGGAGCUCAAGCUGGGGGUCCACCUUGGCUGGGGCUCAGUCCUACUCGCUGCAUGGCCUGGAGGAGCUGCACCACACGCCAGGGUACCCCACCCCGCCCCCCUAUCCCUUUGCCCCUUUCAUGACGGUGACGAAUGACCUAGCCCCCAAAGUGGUGCCACUGUCUGCUGACGAGGGGGCAGAUGCCCCUUCCCUGCACGACCCUUCCCCGUGGACCAAAGAAGAUGGGGGCAUGGCCUGGGGGGCAUAUGAAUGUCGCCGAGCCUACUGA